AAGUGGGGAAUUCACACUAGUGAAACCAGGUUACCCAUUGACAUCGCAUUCGUCCUUAAUUUUACAUGUUAUUGUGUUCGACAUCUAGAUCAAGGUUGUGUUUGUUUUCAGAUUUUCAGCGCAACGAGCGAUUCUAGAAGAGUAGAUAACCCGUUUUUAAAUAAUAGGCAUUUCGACUGCGGCCCAUACGGGUUCACGUGCGAAGGGCAAGCGAAACUGAGACUGUGCGAGGGCCUAAAUCUGUUCGGGCCGUCGUUUCUCUGCCCCCCGGACACAAUAUGCAACGAAGACUCCAGCGAUGUUUGUGAAAACACUAACAACUACAUCGAACCGUCUUUCGGUAAGACGAUACGCUGCCACAGACACGAAAGGAUCGCCGACCCCAACGUACCGGGGUGUAAAGGCUACAUCCUAUGCAUCCCUAACAAGAAUCGUUUCCAAGGCAUCAAAUUCAAGUGUUCGGGGACCACAAUCUUCAACGGUUACACGCGAGCGUGCUCUGCGCCUGACAAAUACAAGUGUCCCAUAGCGAAUACUACUCAAGCGAAAGAUUUUUACAUUGAAAGCAACAGGAGAAUCGAUACUCGCCAUGAUGUUGAAUUCGAGAAUAAGCCAGCACUUCGCCCGAGGCCUUUGUGUAAGAACUAUAAGUUUACAGUGACCCAAGACCAGAGUCCGGCGAAGGCGGCGUACUUCUGCCCGUCGCGGCCGGUGCCGGGCGAGCGCGCCGUGCGCUGCACCGUGUUUUCCAAUCAGUUCUGCAUCACGUUGGAAAGGUACAAUGAGGAUCAGUUCGUUGAAAGCUCACGAGCUGCUUACCGAAGACCGCGGUUCAAUAAUUUCGUAACAGAACUCGAUAAUGAUAUCAAAAAGCCAUUUUAAAUAGGUAUAGUAUAGGUAUACAACUGUGUAUUAUUUUGU